GCGGCAUGAGAGUCUGGUGAAAGGAGAAAAAACAGCCAAGCCCUCACCGCCCAGUUCCAACAGAGGUUUCCGAGGAUUUACCUGCUGUUUGAAAAUUGCGAGGAAAGGCGCUCUUCGCCUCGGGAUCGCAAGAAGCCCACCGCGGCUCCCAUACGGCCGGCCAUGGCGGCGCACAAACCCGUGGAAUGGGUUCAGGCCGUAAUUAAUAGAUUCGACGAGCAGCUUCCAAUUAAAGCAGGCCAGCAGAACACCCACACCAAAGUCAGCACAGAGCACAACAAGGAGUGUCUGAUCAACAUCUCCAAGUACAAGUUCUCUCUGGUCAUCAGCGGCCUCACCAACAUCCUCAAAAAUGUCAACAACAUGCGAAUAUUUGGGGAAGCUGCUGAGAAGAACCUCUACCUAUCACAGCUCAUCAUCCUCGACACGCUGGAGAAGUGCCUGGCAGGGCAAUCAAAGGACUGCCUGCGUCUGGAUGAGACCAUGCUGGUGAAGCAGCUGCUGCCGGAGAUUUGCCACUUCAUCCACACGUACCGGGAGGGCCACCCCCACGCUCUGGAGCUGCGCGCCUCUGCCUCUGGCGUGCUCUUCUCCCUCAGCUGCAACAACUUCAACGCUGUCUUCAGCCGCAUCUCCACCAGGUUACAAGAGCUCACGGUGUGUUCAGAGGACAACGUGGACGUCCAUGACAUUGAGCUCAUCCAGUACAUCAACGUCAACUGCUCCAAGCUAAAAAGACUUCUGCAAGAGACGGUGUUUAAAUUCAAGGCCCUGAAGAAGCCAGCACAGCUCAGCGUUAUCAACAGUUUAGAAAAGGCCUUCUGGAACUGGGUGGAGAAUUACCCUGAUGAGUUCACUGCUCUGUACCAGCGACCUCAGCCCGACAUGGCAGAAUGUGCGGAGAAGCUGUUUGACCUGGUGGACAGCUUCGCCGAGAGUGCCAAGAGGAAGGCCGCUGUGUGGCCCCUGCAGAUCAUCCUCCUCAUCCUCUGCCCAGAGAUCACACAGAACCUGUGCAGAGAGGAGGAGAGUAAGGUCAACAAGAAGCUGUUUCUGGAGAACCUACGUAAGGCGCUAGCAGGGCAUGGAGUCGGCAAACAGCUGACAGAGAGUGCGGCCAUCGCCUGCGUGAAGCUCUGCAAGGCCUCCACCUUCAUCAACUGGGAGGACCACUCCGUCAUCUUCCUCCUGGUGCAGUCUAUCGUCGUGGACCUGAAGGCACUGCUCUUCAACCCGGCCAAGCCCUUCUCCCGAGGGGCAGGUAGCCAGAGUGCGGACGUGGACCUCAUGAUCGACUGUUUCGUCUCCUGUUUCCGCAUCAACCCGCACAACCACCAGCACUUUAAGGUCUGUUUGGCCUCUUCGUCUCCGCCCAUCUUUCACUUUGUCCUGGUCAACUCCCUGCACAGAAUAAUCACCAAUUCGCCUCUGGAUUGGUGGCCAAAGAUUGACGCGGUGUACUGCUACUCCGGUGAGCUGCGCUCCAUGUUCGCUGACGCCCUGGGACGUGUCGUCCAGAGCUGCAGCACACACGCUCCCCUGCGUAUGACGCCGAGUCUCACGUUUAAGGAGAAAAUGACCAGCCUGAAGUUCAAAGAGAAGGCCACGGAUCUGGACACAAAGAGUCAUAAACACCUGGUGCUGGCCAUGGUCAAGCUGAUCCAUGCUGACCCCAAGCUCAUGCUCCACAAGCAGGGGCAGGAGGUCCAGAUCACCACGGCAGAACUGAUUACGGGUCUGGUGCAGCUGGUGCCCUUUUCCAACAUGACAGAAAUCUCACAAGAGGCCAUGGAGGCUUUGCUUGUAUUGCAUCAGCCGGAGACCAUUGAGCUGUGGAACCCUGACGCCCCCAUAGAAACCUUCUGGGACAUCAGCUCGCAGGUGUUAUACUUGAUCUGUAAGAAGCUGAUUGGACACCAGAUGAUCAACAGCACAGAGAUCCUCAAAUGGUUGCGAGAGAUCCUCAUCUGCCGGAACAAGUUCCUGCUGAAGAACAAGGAGGGCGCCACACAGGGCAGUGGGAUCCCCAUCUGCCGCCAGGCCCAGACCAAGCUGGAGGUGUGCCUGUACAUGUUCCUGUGGAGCCCGGACAUGGAGGCGGUGCUGGUGGCCAUGUCCUGCUUCCGGCACCUGUGUGAAGAGGCGGACAUCCGCUGCGCCGCCGACGAGGUUCCGGUUCAGAGCAUCCUGCCCAACUACAACACCUUCAUGGAGUUCGCCUCCAUCAGCAACGUCAUGUCCACUGGUCGCAGCGCCUUGCAGAAGAGAGUCAUGGCUCUGCUGCGCAGGAUAGAGCACCCCACUGCUGGAAACACUGAGGCCUGGGAAGACACACAUGCCAAGUGGGAACAGGCCACGAAGCUGAUCCUCAAUUACCCGAAAACCAAAAUUGAGGACGGACAGGAGUGGAUCAACAUGACGGGCUUUCUGUGUGCCCUUGGGGGCGUGUGUCUGCAGCAGCGCAGCACGCCCAGCCUGGCCACCUACAGCCCCCCCUUGGGGCCCCCCUCCGAGCGCAAGGGCUCCAUGGCAUCCAUGGGGUCGGGUGAGGGCGGGUGCGUGGCCGCUGGGGCGGGGGCGGGGGCAGGGGUGGGGGCCGCCACCGGGGCUGGGGCGGAGACGCCCCUCAGCAGGUUUCUGGACCGCCUGCUGUCCCUCAUGGUGUGUGGUCACGAGAAGGUGGGCCUGCAGAUACGCACCAACGUCAAGGACCUGGUGGGGCUGGAGCUGAGCCCUGCCCUCUACCCCAUGCUGUUCAACAAGCUCAAGAACAGCAUCAGCCGCUUCUUCGAUGCCCAGGGCCCGGUUCCCAUCAAUGACACCAACACGCAGUUUGUGGAGCAGACCAUUGCCAUCAUGAAGAACCUCCUGGACAACCACACAGAGGGCAGCUCCGAGCACCUGGGCCAGGCCAGCAUCGAGACUAUGAUGCUCAACCUGGUCAGGUAUGUCCGUAUCCUAGGCAACAUGGUCCACGCCAUCCAGAUUAAGACCAAGCUGUGCCAGCUGGUGGAGGUGAUGAUGGCGCGCAGGGAUGACCUCUCCUUCUGCCAGGAGAUGAAGUUCAGAAACAAAAUGGUAGAGUACCUGACAGACUGGGUCAUGGGGACGUCCAAUCAGGCGGCGGACGACGAUGUCAAGUGCCUGACAAGGGACCUGGACCAGGCCAGCAUGGAGGCGGUGGUAUCCCUGCUCGCUGGUUUGCCUCUGCAGCCCGAGGAGGGUGACGGGGUGGAGCUGAUGGAAGCCAAGUCCCAGCUCUUCCUCAAGUACUUCACGCUGUUUAUGAACCUGCUGAAUGACUGCAGCGAGAUUGCUGAGGACGAUGGGCAGCAGGUGGGCGGGCGGAAGCGCGGGAUGUCCCGGCGCCUGGCGUCCUUGCGGCACUAUACCGUCCUCGCCAUGUCAAACCUGCUCAAUGCAAACGUGGACAGCGGCCUCAUGCACUCCAUCGGGCUCGGGUACCACAAGGAUCUACAGACGAGAGCCACCUUCAUGGAGGUGCUGACCAAGAUCUUGCAGCAGGGCACGGAGUUCGACACACUGGCAGAGACCGUGCUGGCUGACCGCUUCGAGAGGCUGGUGGAGCUCGUCACCAUGAUGGGCGACCAGGGCGAGCUGCCAAUCGCCAUGGCGCUGGCCAACGUAGUGCCCUGCUCGCAGUGGGACGAGUUGGCGCGUGUGCUGGUGACUCUGUUUGACUCACGCCACCUGCUGUACCAGCUGCUGUGGAACAUGUUCUCCAAGGAGGUGGAGCUGGCCGACUCCAUGCAGACGCUCUUUCGGGGAAACAGCCUGGCCAGUAAAAUCAUGACCUUCUGCUUCAAGGUGUAUGGAGCCACCUACCUGCAGAAGCUGCUGGAACCCUUACUGAGGGGGGUCAUCUCCACGCCAGAGUGGCAGCAGAUCAGCUUUGAGGUGGACCCCACCAGGCUGGAGCCAUCUGAGAGCUUGGAGGAGAACCAGAGGAACCUGCUGCAGAUCACUGACCAGUUCUUCCUGGCCAUCAUCAAAUCCUCCUGCGAGUUCCCGCCCCAGCUACGCAGCGUGUGUCACUGCCUGUACCAGGCAACUUGCCACUCUCUUCUGAGUAAAGCUACCGUUAAAGAUCGAAAGGAAGGCAAAAGAGCUGUGGUCAGCCAGAGGUUCCCCCAGAACAGCAUCGCGGCCGUCGGGAGCGCCAUGUUCCUACGCUUCAUCAAUCCCGCCAUCGUGUCCCCCUACGAGACGGGCAUCCUGGACAAGAAGCCCCCUCCCAAGAUUGAGCGCGGCCUCAAGCUUAUGUCUAAGAUACUCCAGAGCAUUGCCAACCAUGUUCUGUUCACCAAAGAGGAGCACAUGAGACCUUUCAACGACUUUGUGAAGAGCAACUUUGACGCGGCGCGACGGUUCUUCCUGGACAUUGCCUCAGACUCCCCGCCCAGCGACUCGGUCAACCACAGUCUGUCCUUCAUCAGUGAUGGAAAUGUGCUCGCCCUGCACCGGCUCCUAUGGAACAACCAGGAGAGGAUUGGCCAGUACCUGUCCAGCAACAGGGAUCACAAAGCGGUGGGCCGACGGCCAUUCGAUAAGAUGGCCACCCUCCUGGCCUACCUGGGCCCGCCUGAGCAUAAGCCGGUGGCUGACACCCACUGGUCCAGCCUCAACCUCACCAGCUCCAAGUUUGAGGAGUUCAUGACCAGGCACCAGGUGCACGAGAAAGAGGAGUUCAAGGCCCUGAAAACCCUGAGCAUUUUCUACCAGGCCGGCACCUCUAAGAACGGGAGCCCCGUAUUCUACUACGUCGCCCGCAGGUUCAAGACGGGCCAGAUUAACGGAGACCUGCUCAUCUACCAUGUGCUGCUGACCCUGAAGCCCUACUACGCCAAGCCCUAUGAGAUUGUGGUUGACCUGACCCAUGUGGGGCCCAGCAACCGCUUCAAGACUGACUUCCUGUCCAAGUGGUUUGUGGUGUUCCCGGGCUUUGCCUACGAGAACGUGGCGGCUGUUUACGUCUACAACUGUAACACAUGGGUGCGGGAGUACACCAAGUACCACGAGCGGCUCCUCACAGGCCUCAAGGGCAGCAAGAAGCUGUUGUUCAUUGACUCGCCUGGCCGUCUGGCCGAGUACGUUGAGCCCGACCAGCAGAAGCUGCCCGCUGCCACCCUGGCCCUGGAGGAGGACCUCAAGGUGUUCCACAAUGCCCUGAAACUGGCCCACAAGGACACAAAGGUUUCCAUCAAGGUGGGUUCCACAGCCGUGCAGGUGACCUCAGCAGAGCGCACGCGGGUCCUGGGCCAAUCGGUCUUCCUCAACGACAUCUACUACGCGUCGGAGAUCGAGGAGAUUUGUCUGGUGGAUGAGAGCCAGUUCACGCUGACCAUCGCCAACCAGGGCACGCCGCUCACCUUCAUGCACCAGGAGUGCGAGGCCAUCGUGCAGUCCAUCAUCCACAUCCGCACGCGCUGGGAGCUCUCCCAGCCCGACUCCAUCCCCCAGCACACCAAGAUCCGACCCAAGGACGUGCCCGGCACCCUGCUCAACAUCGCCCUGCUCAACCUGGGCAGCUCCGACCCCAGCCUCAGGUCCGCGGCCUACAACCUGCUGUGUGCUCUGACCUGCACCUUCAAUCUGAAGAUUGAGGGCCAACUGCUGGAGACAUCUGGCCUCUGCAUCCCAGCCAACAACACGCUCUUCAUCGUCUCCAUCAGCAAGACGCUGGCAGCCAACGAGCCCCACCUCACACUGGAGUUCCUGGAGGAGUGCAUCUCUGGCUUCAGCAAAUCCAGUAUCGAGCUGAAGCACUUGUGCCUGGAGUACAUGACCCCCUGGCUGCUCAACCUGGUGCGCUUCUGCAAGCACAACGACGACGCCAAGCGGCAGCGCGUCACCGCCAUCCUGGACAAGCUCAUCACCAUGACCAUCAACGAGAAGCAGAUGUACCCCUCCAUCCAGGCCAAGAUCUGGGGCAGCCUGGGACAGAUAACAGACCUCCUGGAUGUGGUGCUGGACAGCUUCAUAAAGACCAGCGCUACAGGGGGUCUGGGCUCCAUCAAGGCCGAGGUGAUGGCUGAUACAGCCGUAGCCCUGGCGUCAGGCAAUGUCAAACUGGUGUCCAGCAAGGUGAUCGGCCGGAUGUGCAAGAUCAUCGACAAGACGUGCCUGUCACCGACGCCCACGCUGGAGCAGCACCUGAUGUGGGACGACAUCGCCAUCCUGGCGCGCUACAUGCUCAUGCUGUCCUUCAACAACUCGCUGGACGUGGCCACCCACCUGCCCUAUCUCUUCCACGUGGUCACCUUGCUGGUGGCCACCGGGCCCAUCUCCCUGCGGGCCUCCACCCACGGCCUGGUCAUCAAUAUCAUCCACUCCCUGUGCACCUGCUCCCAGCUCAACUUCAGCGAGGAGACGAAGCAGGUGCUGCGACUGAGCCUGACGGAGUUCUCCCUGCCCAAGUUCUACCUGCUGUUCGGCAUCAGCAAGGUCAAGUCGGCCGCUGUCAUCGCCUUCCGCUCCAGCUACCGCGACCGCUCCUUCUCCCCGGGCUCCUACGAGAGGGAGACCUUUGCCCUCUCCUCUCUGGAGACCGUCACUGAGGCGCUGCUGGAGAUCAUGGAGGCCUGCAUGAGAGACAUCCCAGCAUGCAAAUGGCUGGACCAGUGGACGGAGCUGGCACAGAAGUUUGCGUUCCAGUACAACCCCUCCCUGCAGCCACGGGCGCUGGUGGUGUUCGGCUGCAUCAGCAAGCGGGUGUCGCACUGUCAGAUCAAACAGAUCAUUCGUAUCCUCAGCAAGGCCAGCCCCCUGCUCAGCAUUGACCGGGGUCUGGAGAGCUGCUUGAAGGGGCCUGAUAAUUAUAAUAGCCAGGUUCUGAUUGAGGCCACAGUCAUUGCCCUGACCAAGCUGCAGCCCCUCCUCAGCAAGGACUCAGCGAUGCACAGGGCCCUGUUCUGGGUGGCCGUGGCUGUGCUGCAGCUGGAUGAGGUGAACCUGUACUCUGCUGGAACUGCCCUGCUGGAGCAGAACCUGCACACACUGGACAGCCUGCGGGCCUUCAAUGACAAGAGCCCAGAGGAAGUGUUCAUGGAGAUCAGGAGACCGCUAGAGUGGCACUGUAAACAGAUGGAUCAUUUUGUUGGCCUCAACUUCAACUCCAACUUCAACUUUGCACUUGUGGGACACCUGCUGAAAGGGUACAGACACCCCUCCCCCACCACGGUGGCCAGGACAGUGCGAAUCCUUCACACGCUUCUGGCCCUGGUGGGGAAGCACCUCAAAUGUGACAAGUUUGAGGUGAACACCCAGAGCGUAGCUUAUCUGGCAGCUCUGCUCACUGUCUCUGAAGAGGUGCGAAGCCGCUGCAGCCUGAAGCACAGGAAGUCCCUGCUCCUCUCAGAAGUGACCAUGGAGAGUGAUCCCAUGGACACAUACUCUGUGCAUCACAGCGACCCCACCUGGAGGGCAUUGCGGGAGAGCCAGCCUUGGACAUCGCCGAAAGUGUCAGAGCGCUACCUAAUGGCUAGCUACCCCACAGCGGGGCAGAUCAGUCCACGAACACGCAAGUCCUUGAGCUUGGACAUGGGCCAGCCUUCUCAGGCCAACACCAAGAAGCUGCUGGGUACGAGGAAGAGCUUUGACCACUUGAUAUCAGAUGCUAAAGCACCAAAGAGACCAGAGAUUGAGUCUGGCAUCACCACACCCCCCAAGAUGAGGAGGGUGGGAGAGACUGAGUACGAGACAGAAACCCAAAGAAUCGGCACCUCCCAGCACCCCCACCUGCGGAAGGUGUCCGUGUCUGAGUCCAACGUUCUGCUGAAUGAGGAGGUCCUUACUGACCCCAAAAUUCAGGCCCUGCUGCUCACUGUCCUGGCCACUCUGGUGAAGUACACAACGGACGAGUUUGACCAGAGGAUCCUCUAUGAGUAUUUAGCUGAAGCCAGCGUCGUCUUCCCAAAGGUCUUUCCAGUUGUCCACAACCUGCUGGACUCAAAGAUAAACACACUUCUGUCACUGUGCCAGGACACCAACCUGUUGAGCCCGGUCCAUGGCAUCGUACAGAGUGUGGUGUACCACGAGGAGUCUCCGCCCCAGUACCAGCCCUCAUACCUGCAGAGUUUUGGUUUUAAUGGACUGUGGAGGUUUGCUGGACCCUUCUCAAAGCAAACACAGAUCCCCGACUAUGCCGAGCUGAUUGUGAAGUUCCUGGACGCGUUGAUUGACACCUACCUGCCGGGGAUCGAGGAGGAGGCGGGCGAGGAGGCGCAGCGCACGCCCACCUCUCCGUACCCGCCGCCUGUCCAGAGCCAGCUCAGCAUCACCGCCAACCUCAACCUGUCCAACUCCAUGACCUCCCUCGCCACCUCCCAGCAUUCCCCAGGUAUAGACAAGGAGAACGUGGAGCUGUCUCCCACCACGGGUCACGCCAGCAGCGGCCGCACGCGGCACGGCUCAGCCAGCCAGGUGCAGAAGCAGCGCAGUGCUGGCAGCUUCAAGAGACCCAGCAUCAAGAAGAUAGUGUGAACGGCCAUGCCCAGGACAUUAUGCCUGCCACACCCAGGGCCUGAGGCCUGAGGCCUGCUCUGCCCGGG